AUGGCUGAUGACAAGAAGGAGGAGAUCCCUAGCGGUUCGAAGGAUGAUGAAUUGGCCAAUCUGCUCGAUAGUUCAUUAAAGGAUUUUGGAAAACAAAAGAACACCGACGAUGACCUUGACGACAUUAUGGCAGCUCAUGAUCAAGAAGCAGCCAGAAAAGCCGCAGCUGACUUCAACGAAAUGCUGAAGAAUAUGGUGCAAAUGAAGGACGAGGUGUUUAAACAAGGUGAAGCAGAAGGAGGUCCACCACAAGAGAUUCCCGAGGACAUGAAAUCGAUGUUUGAAGCUAUUGAAAAAUUGAUGCACACCAGCGGUAACAUCGCCAAUGCCCAAUCACCAGAAGAAAUGCAGCAGAACCUCGAUAUGCUGAAGGACCCGAACUCACCUCUAGAGCCUUUUAUGGGAAUGUUGAUGGAGAGUCUCGUCUCUAAGGAAAUGAUGUACCCAGCUUUGAAAGAUAUCCACGACAAAUUCCCGGAAUAUUUUGAGAAGCACGCUGCUGAACUGGAUGCCGAGACGAAAGCUCGUUAUGAGAAGCAACAAGAGGUGAUUGGCAAACUGUGCGCGGCUUAUGAGGCCGAUGAAGCUUCGGACGCCAUUCAAGUCACAGACGUGACAGACGUUGUCCCAAAAGCAGAAGGAGAGCCGCAGCUUCCUGAAGGGAUGUCAACUAUUGCCAAAUGCUUGGUCGAGUUGCAAACCCUUGGCUACCCACCUGCCGAGCUCGUUGGACCACUACCACCUGGCUGGCAGACGGAUGAACAAGGAUUACCCAAGAUGGAUGAUCCGAAAUUAGCCGCUCAAGCAUGUCCGAUCAUG